GAGAGGCCUGGGUUGGAGCCCCUUCCCUCCCUUCCCCGCUUUGCGCCACCGCAUUCUCCCAAACCCUUCUUUCUUAGUUCCCAUGCUACCCCCUCUUCUCCUUGUGCCCCAAGCUAAACACUCACCCUCUUUCUGUCUGGGCGAGGGAGAGGAGCCGGCAACAUCCUGGAACUGGGGUGCUGAGGUUGGGCAGCGCCGGGCUGGGGUCCUCUCCUUAGGCGGAGCACUGAGAGGCGGCGGAGGGAGUAGAAUCACAGAGCUGGGCAGAGAUCCACAGUAACCACUUUAGGCUCUUAUGAGGUAUCUGAGGGUUGCGAGAGGAAGAAAGGCCAACGCUGGGGGUCCCUAGAACGCCGUGGGAUGCAAGCUAUGGAGGGGGAGGUGUUACUCCCAGCUCUGUAUGAGGAGGAAGAGGAGGAGGAAGAGGAGGAGGAAGAGGAGGAGGUGGAGGAAGAUCAAGUGCAGAAAGGAGGCAGUUUGGGUUCCCUGUCCGCCAGCAAGCACCGGGGCCUGAGCCUCACGGAGACCGAGCUGGAGGAGCUGAGGGCGCAGGUGCUCCAGCUGGUGGCAGAGCUGGAGGAGACCCGUGAGCUCGCUGGGCAGCAUGAGGAUGACUCCCUGGAGCUUCAGGGGCUCCUGGAGGAUGAGCGGCUGGCCAGUGCCCAGCAGGCAGAAGUAUUCACCAAGCAGAUUCAGCAGCUCCAAGGUGAGCUGCAACACCUGCAGGAGGAGAUUUCCCUGCUAGAGCAUAAGAACGAAAGUGAAUUUAAAGAGAUGGAGCAGGAGUUGCAUUUGGCCCAGGCGGAGAUCCAGAAUCUACGGCAGGCUGCAGCAGAUUCUGCCAGUGAGCACGAGAGUGAAAUCGCAUCCUUGCAGGAAGAUAUCUACCGGCUGCAGAACGAACUUGAGGACGUGGAACGGAUUCGAGGGGAUUAUGAGAUGGAGAUUGCCUCGCUCCGUGCAGAAAUGCAACUGAAGACCGCCGAACCAUCCGACAUAAGUAUCUCAGACUUCCCUGGGCUCCAAGAAGAGCUGCACCAGCUCCGGGAGCGGUACCACUUCCUGAACGAGGAGUACCAGACCUUGCAGGAGAGUAACAGCAGCCUCACAGGGCAGCUCGCCCAGCUGGAGAGCGACAGGACGCGAAGAGCAACAGAACGGUGGCUGGAAUCCCAGAUGCUAAGGAGCAUGACGUCAGCAGAGUCGCAGACUUCAGAACUGGACUUCCCGGAGCCUGAUCCUGAGAUGGAGCUUUUGCGCCAGCAGCUGCUGGGAGCUGAGGAGCAGAUGCAGGACAUGAAGAUCAAGUGUAAGGACUUGUGUUGUGAGUUGGAGGAGCUCCAGCAUCAUCGCCGGGCCAGCGAGGAGGAGCAGAAGCGGCUGCAGAGGGAGCUCAAGUGUGCCCAGAAUGAGAUGCUCCGGUUCCAGACCUCCCACAGCGUGGCCCAGAAUGAGGAACUGAAGAGCAGGCUCUGUGCCCUGCAGCAAAAGUAUGAUGCUAGCCAGGAUGAACAGAAUGAGCUUCUGAAGGUGCAGUUGCAGCUUCAGACUGAGCUACGGCAGCUUAAAGUCACCAGAUGCACACCUGUAGAGAGCCAGAGUGAGAAGGAGUUAAUGUGCAGGCUCCAGAAGCUGCAGAUCCAGCACCAGAGCAGUGUGAAUGAGAAGGAGAAGCUGCUGGAAGUGCAGUAUCACCUGCAGGACAAGCUGAGGUGCCAUGAGACAGAGCUGCAGCAUCUCCGGGGUGUGGUGGACUGCUUGCAAGAGAAAAAUGAAAAGAAUACAGGGAUGCAAACGGAGCUUCUGGAGAUGAAGGGACUGUAUCAGUCCAGCAAGGAGGAGCUGGAACGGCAGAAGCACAUGUAUGACCAACUGGAGCAGGACCUCAUGCUCUGCCAGCAGGAGCUGACAGAGCUCAAGAGCAGCCAUUCUGUUUGUGACGACAAGGGCGAGUGUUCCAACAAGUGUGAUGCACUGCUGUCCAGACUGACCGAGCUGCAGGACAAGUUCAAAGCCUGCCAGCAGGAGAUCGGGCAUCUGCAGAGGGAGCAGUGUGAAAUCCUGGAGGAUCAGAGGAGACUGCAGGAGGAGCAGGGUCAGCUGCAGGAGGAGCUGCACAGGCUCACGUUCCCGCAGCCCAAGUGUGGCCUCUUGCAGAAGAGUCAGGAGCUGCUUUCAAAGUUGCAAGACCUGUGUGAGAUGCAGCUGCUCUACCAAAGCAUGCAGGAUGAACAAAGAAAACUGAUAAAGAACCAAGAGAGUGUGUUAAAGGAACAGUUAGAGGCACACAGUGAACUUCGAGGUUUCAAAGAGUCUAAUUUCCAGGAAGUGUUGGUGAGCCCUCAUGAUGCCAAAGGGCCUAAAUCCUCCAACUGUGAGAACAAGUCCAAGGUGCUUAUGGACCAGCUGCAGGCUCUGCAGGUGCUCUAUGACACCAGUCAGAAGCAGCAGGAGCUGCUGCAGCAGGAGCAUGGGCGGCUGCUGGAGGAGCGGAAGAGGCUGCAGGCUGAGCUGCAGCUCUGCAUGGAGGAGCUACAGCUGCUCCAGACUCAGUCCCCGACCAUAAAAAUGAGUCUCGGGUCCAGCAGGAAGAACUCGGGCAGCAUGCCCCCCAGCAGUGAAAGCCUCCACAGGAGUUAUGACAGCACCAUCGAGGACAAUGAAUGUUUCCAAAAGAGCUACGAAAGCUCCAGGGCCAGCCACGAAAGCCUCCUCAAGAGCUACGGCAGCAGCAGCAGCUCCAAUGAGGCCUUUCAGAAGAGUUACGGCUCCAGCAGCACAAGUGUUGCCUAUAAGAAGAGUUUUGCCAGCACUGGUAGCUCUGAAACCUUUCACAAGAGUUACGUUAGCAGUGGUGCUGAUGAGGACCCAGCUGAGCCUGAGGACAUAGAGCACUUUGAGGAAACAGUGGCCAAGGUGCUGACCAAGUUGCAGGCAGUGAAGGCCCUGUACCAGGUGAGCCAGGAGGACCACAGCCAGCUGCAGGAGCAGAUGAGCAAGCUGCUGGUGAAGCAGAAGGAGCUGAAGGAUGAGCUGGAGAGCUGUGAGAAGGACCUGAAAGAGUGCAUGGGGAGCCUUGAGAAGCCCGCGGCUCCCCAGAACGACAAGAGUGAGAUCAAAGAACUGCAGACUAAGCUGCGGGAGCUGCAGCUGCAAUACCAGGCUAGCAUGGAUGAGCAGGGGCGGCUCCUGGCAGUGCAGGAACAGCUGGAGGGGCAGCUGCAGUGCUGCCAGGAAGAACUCCGCCAGCUCAAAGAGAACAGGCCCUCCAUUAGCUCAGAAGGCAGGGGGAAGAAUGGUAAUAAGAACAUGAACAAGAAUGCCAAUGGAGUUCAGAAUAAGAAGGUGACCAGGGCGUGCUCGGAGAGCUCCGAGAGCACCUCAGAGAAGGAAGAGAGUCUGGAGGUGGUGCUGUACUAUAAGGCCAGCCAGAAGAAGUUAGCGGAGCUAGAGAAAGAGGAAAAGGAGCUGGAAGAGGCGAAAAGGAAGGACAAACAAGACAAGAAGGAUUUGUGUGAACCAGCUACUAAGCCAGCUGAGCCCAGGGCAGUGCCCAAGCCCACAGAAGAUGAGGGUGGACACUGUGAGGAGCCCAGAGAAGACAGUGAAGAUGAGGAGUCUUCUGAGACUGCUGAGGAAGGCAGCCCUCUUACGCUUUCUGAGAGCAGAAAGAACAUGUUUGGGAUGUGGAAGCCUGUAGUAUUCUUGGCGAUCGCUGCAGUGGCUCUGUAUGUGUUACCCAACAUGCGGCCGCAAGAUACAGAAUACUGCUACAUGAAGUGACGGCACACCCUGGCCAGCCCAGAGGGCAGAUCCCAGAGGCUACCACCCUUCCCUUUGGGCAGAACACACUGUGCAGAGCCCCCAACCCACACAUGUGUCCCAUCUCCUUUGCCUCAGCCACUCAGACUGGAAAAGCUUAUGGGAGUUGCUGGCUCCUAACCACCUGCCUUGUGUAAGAACCUGGGUUCCUUGUCAUUAAAUGUCAACCUAAUUACAUGA